GCUGGUUGGACUCCCUUACACAUUGCCGCUUCAGCAGGCCGUGAUGAGAUUGUGAAAGCCCUCAUUGCCAAGGGUGCUCAUGUAAAUGCUGUCAAUCAGAACGGCUGUACGCCUUUGCAUUAUGCAGCCUCCAAAAAUAAGCAGGAGAUUGCAAUCAUGCUUUUGGAGAACGGAGCUGAUCCGGAUGCAGCAGAUCAUUUUGAAUCCACACCGUUACACAGAGCAGCAGCCAAAGGAAACCUAAAAAUGGUGCAGAUCCUUCUGCAGCACAAGGCGUCUGUUAAUAUACAGGACUCUGAAGGGAAUACUCCUCUUCACUUAGCCUGCGAUGAAGAAAGAGUGGAGGAGGCAAAGCUGCUGGUGUCUCAUGGUGCAAGCAUUCACGUUGAGAAUAAAGAAGAACUGACCCCACUGAAAGUGGCAAAGGGUGGCCUGGGAGCCACGCUUAAAAGAAUGGUGGAAGGCUAGUGGGGACUUCUGACUUGACUCUUCCCUGUUGCACUUGUGUUUAAGACUGCAAACUGCGUAUUUGGAUGGUUCAACUAGGACGUCUUGUGUGGGCAUCAGCGUGGUAACAACACAUGUAUCUCUGGCUUUCCUUCAAGUACAGUGCCAGAACAACUGUUUGUACUUCCUGUUAAUUAAACACUUCACUGAUUUUAAAGU